GCCUUAUUCUACAUAUGUAUCGCACUUCCUUGUCUUCCCUAGCUCAAGGUAACCAAUUGAAACCCAAUUGAACCCAUCCACCUGCAGUGACUUACAUCUAAACCCUUACGUCCAAUUUGAACCUUCACUUCUCCCGAACAUUAGCGUCCAUACAACUUUCCGGCAUCAAGAUUUUAACCUCUUACCUAGUACGACCUUUAUACAUCUAGAAGCAUAAUGGAUAUUGACGACGACGAUGAUUUCUAUGCUCCCGACGAGCCCACCACUCAAAAUGACCCGUCUAACUCUACCGAUUCUCAUACUGCGGCUACAUCUGUCCAGCCCCAGCCCCCACAACAGCAACAACAAGAUGAGGAGGAUUUAGAGGAAGGAGAGGAGGAAGAUGAAGGCGCUGAUAUGGACGAGGAUGACUCGGACAUAGAUAUCAUCACGGAACGGAAAGAUGGCACAAAUGCGCCUCCGCCUACCCAGUCGCGAUAUAGUGACAUACGAAACAUACCUCAAAGAUCAGCGUCAAGCGAUACGACCAAGCCUGCCGCUGUUAAGAAGGAAGACGUACCAACGCGGUCCACCUCGGGCCACGACUUGCCCGCAGUUUCCACAUCCAAGGUCGAUGUAAAUGCGAUACCUGUGUACAAACCAGUAGGAAAGCCUAUCACCCAGAUCAACAUUGAUGAAGAUCUGCCAGAGAAUGACAAGCCUUGGAGGAAACCUGGUACAGACCUAAGCGACUAUUUCAACUACGGCUUCGACGAAUUCACCUGGGCCUUAUAUGCUGCCAAGCAAGAUAAUGUCCGCAGCGAGUACAGCUCGGACGCCAUCGCUCAGAAUAACAAGAAGAUGCUCGAAGACAUGCAAAUGAUGAUGAUGGGAGGUAUGCCUGGGAUGAGCGGCGCAGGCGCAGGUGCCGGUAUGGCAAAUAUGCCUGGAAUGGAUGGAAUUCCUCCUGAGAUGCAAGCCAUGAUGCAGCAGAUGAUGGCCUCUGGUCUUGACCCGAGCCAAAUGGAUGCAUCUACUAUGUCUGCCAUGUUCUCGGGUAUGCAGAAUGCCGGGGCCAGCGCUGCUGGAGGGCAGGGCAACCAGAACCAGAACUUCGGGGGACCUGGCCAAGGAUUCGGCGGUGCUCAAGGCCAAAAUUUCGGCUAUGAACAGGGCAUGGGCCGCGGUGGGGGUGGGGGCACUGGCGGGUUUGGCGGGCGUGGUCGUGGCGGCGGACGUAGGAAUUGGUAAAGAUGGCCAAGCUUCCUCCUGUAUACUUAUACUACUGGAUAGCUUUCGGUGAAGGCUAUCGAAUGAUUACCAGGCUGUGAGGUGAGAGCCUAGAUGAACGCGGGAUUUCGCGUCGUAUUAGGUAGUCAUACCAAUCACGAUACCCAUAACAUUCAAACUACACUCGGUUUGCUACGGUUCACUUUUCUUACUCCAUCGCUUAACUAGCACAAGAUGUGCAUAGCUAAUAAACACGACUGACCCAGUUGUCUAACUACACCUUAAAGGUAGUAAGACGACGAAUAAUAACCGAUAUCAGUGUCAG